AGAGCCGAAGAUGUCGGCUCAGUCAUGUGAUCAGCUGUGUCCAAUCACAGCGGAUCACAUAGGGGACAUGUACACAGAUCAUCAGAGCACUGAUGAUCAGUGUGCCCUGAUGAUCUGUGUAGCCCCAGCAGUGCCAUCUGUCAGUGUCCAUCCGUGACAGCUGUCAGUGCUCAUCCAUGCCACCUGCCAGUGCCCAUCAGUGCCACAUUUCAGUGCCCAUCAGUGCCACAUCAAUGCCACAUAUCAGUGCCCAUCUGAGCUGCCUUUCAGUGUCACCCAUCAGUUCCAGUCAGUGCCACCUAUCAAUGCCAGUCAGUGCCACCUAUCAAUGCCAGUCAGUGCCAACUAUCAGGGCCAGUCAGUGUCACCUAUCAGUGCCAGUCAGUUGCGCCUAUCAGUGUGCAUCAGUGCCACCUAUCAGUGCUCGUCAG